GAAGACUGUCCAAUGGAGGAGGUAUUCGAGCAGCUCCGUUGCACGAAAGAAGGGCUGACGUCAGCACAGGUCGAAGAGCGAUUGAGGAUCUUCGGCUAUAACAAGCUCGAGGAGAAGAAAGAGAGCAAGAUUUUGAAGUUUCUUGGCUUUAUGUGGAACCCCCUUUCCUGGGUCAUGGAAGCUGCAGCCAUUAUGGCUAUCGCCCUAGCAAACGGCGGAGGAAAGCCUCCCGAUUGGUACGACUUCGUCGGUAUUAUUGUUCUUCUCCUGGUUAACUCUACCAUCUCGUUCAUCGAAGAAAACAAUGCUGGCAAUGCUGCCGCUGCGCUGAUGGCUCGACUUGCUCCGAAAGCCAAGGCUUACCGUGACAAGACUUGGAGCGAAAUUGAUGCUUGCGAGCUCGUUCCUGGAGACAUUGUCUCCGUUAAGCUCGGCGACAUCAUUCCUGCCGACGCUCGUCUCUUGGAGGGAGAUGCUUUGAAGAUCGACCAGUCCGCACUUACUGGCGAGUCGCUGCCUGUGACGAAAGGUCCUGGCGACGGAGUGUACUCCGGAUCGACUUGCAAGCAAGGCGAGAUCGAGGCUGUCGUCAUUGCCACUGGCGUGCACACGUUCUUCGGCAAGGCUGCGAACCUCGUGGAAAACACGAACAAUGAGGGUCACUUCCAGAAGGUGCUUCGUGCCAUUGGAAACUUCUGCAUCGGAGCCAUCGCCAUUGGAAUUGUUAUCGAAAUCAUUGUCAUGUGGCCGAUCCAGAAGCGUAGCUAUCGCGAUGGCAUUGACAACUUGCUCGUGUUGCUCAUUGGUGGCAUUCCUAUCGCCAUGCCCACAGUGCUGUCUGUGACAAUGGCGAUUGGCUCGCACAAGCUCUCGCAACAGGGAGCCAUUACGAAGCGUAUGACAGCUAUUGAGGAGAUGGCUGGCAUGGACAUUCUGUGCAGUGACAAGACUGGUACACUGACGCUCAACAAGCUGACUGUUGACAAGUCAAUUAUCGAGGUCUAUUCUAAGGACGCGGAUCAAGACCUUGUGCUCCUGCUGGCUGCGCGUGCUGCACGCACAGAGAACCAAGACGCCAUUGACGCAUGCAUUGUUGGAAUGCUCGCUGACCCCAAGGAGGCUCGGGAGGGUAUUACGGAGGUCCACUUUUUCCCAUUCAACCCUGUGGACAAGCGGACGCAAAUCACCUACACGACGCCUGAUGGCAAAAUGUACAGGGCGUCCAAGGGUGCUCCGGAGCAGAUCCUCGACCUCGCCUAUAACAAGAAUGAGAUCGCUGCUCGCGUGCAUGCCACAAUUGCUGGGUUCGCUGAACGUGGUCUUAGGUCUCUUGGCGUUGCUCGCCAGGAAGUCCCUGAGGCCGUCAAGGACGCGGCUGGUGGUCCUUGGGAGAUGGUAGGCCUCCUGCCGUUGUUCGACCCUCCUCGCCAUGACAGUGCAGAGACCAUCAAAGAAGCCCUGAAGCUUGGCGUGAACGUGAAGAUGAUCACUGGUGAUCAGCUCGCCAUUGGCAAGGAGACAGGUCGGCGACUGGGCAUGGGAACGAACAUGUACCCAUCCUCUGCGCUUCUGGGUCAAGGGAAGGAUGCCUCCUUGAUUGGCGUCGACGUGGCAGACCUUAUUGAGAAGGCCGACGGGUUUGCCGGCGUCUUCCCAGAGCACAAGUACGAGAUUGUGAACCAGCUACAAAAGAAGAAGCACAUUGUGGGCAUGACUGGCGACGGUGUGAAUGAUGCCCCUGCUCUCAAGAAGGCAGACAUCGGUAUUGCUGUGGAUGACUCCACGGAUGCUGCUCGCAGUGCUUCGGACAUUGUGCUCACGGAGCCUGGUCUCAGCGUCAUCAUCCAUGCAGUUCUCACCAGCCGCUGCAUCUUCCAGCGCAUGAAGAACUAUACUAUCUAUGCCAUCUCCAUCACCAUCCGUAUUGUGCUUGGUUUCAUGCUCAUCGCUCUCAUCUGGAAGUUCGACUUCGCCCCCUUCAUGGUUCUUAUCAUCGCCAUCCUCAAUGACGGCACCAUCAUGACUAUUUCCAAGGACAGGGUGCUUCCAUCUCCUACCCCUGACAGCUGGAAGCUCUCGGAGAUCUUCUGCCAGGGUGUGGCUUUUGGGUCUUACCUUGGAAUCAUGAGUGUCGUCUUUUUCUGGGCUGCCUACGAGACUGACUUCUUUCCGCGAACCUUUGGUGUGGAGUCCCUUCAGAAGCCCCCCAAUGACGAUCCCAACGGGGAACUAACCGACUCACAGAUGAAGCUCAUGUCUGCGCUCUACCUGCAAGUCUCCAUCAUCUCCCAGGCGCUCAUCUUCGUCACACGCUCCCAGAGCUUCUCCUUCCUCGAACGCCCUGGCCUUCUGCUCAUGGUGGCCUUUGUCAUCGCUCAGCUGAUUGCCACCUUCCUUGCGGUGUAUGCCAACUGGGGCUUCACUUCCAUCAUGGGAUGCGGCUGGGGAUGGGCUGGAAUCGUCUGGCUCUACAGUCUGGUGACAUACGUUCCUCUGGACUUCAUCAAAUUCGCCGUCUCCUACAUGCUCUCCGGCAAGGCCUGGGAUCUGCUCACAGAGAACAGGGUUACAUUCACCAAGAAGGCUAACUUUGGUAUUGAGGAGAGGCAGGCGCGGUGGGCCACGGCACAGCGCACACUCACUGGGCUGCAGACCGUUGCUGGUGAUGAGGCUCCCACUGUCCUUGCUGUGCUCGGCACUGCUGGUGGAGCUGACGCAGCGGAGGCUGCUCGCCGUCGUGCAGAAAUCGCCAGGCUGCGGGAGGGGUUGACGCUCAAGGGCCAUGUGGACAACAUCGUGAAGCUCAAGAACAUUGACGUGGAUACCAUCCAGCAAUCAUACACCGUCUAA